CAAAGGGACACAGAGUUGCAACAUUUCUUGACAUGGGUUCAGAAAUUCCCAUGUGCCUGUCCUCGCUGGUUGUGGGGUGACUCAAUUGUCUUCCAUGUUUACGAUCCUGACUACAUGAGGGUGAUUCUAGGGAGAACAGACCCAAAGAAAAGUGAUGAAUACAGAUUCCUGGCCCCCUGGAUUGGGUACGGCUUGCUUCUGUUGAAUGGGGAGAAAUGGUUCCAGCACCGGCGGACACUGACUCCAGCCUUCCAUUAUGACAUCCUGAAGCCCUAUGUGGGGCUCAUUGCUGACUCUGUCCAAGUGAUGUUGGACAAGUGGGAGAAGCUUACCACCCAGGACUCAUAUCUGGAGAUUUUUGAACACGUCUCAUUGAUGACCCUGGAAACCAUCAUGAAGUGCGCCUUCAGCUAUCAAGGCAGUGUCCAGGUGGACAGGAACUUCCACUCUUAUAUCCAGGCCAUUGGGGCCAUGAGCAACUUGGUGGUUUCCCGUGUGAGGAAUGCCUUCUACCAGAAUGAUAUCAUCUAUAGACUGACCCCUGAUGGCCGCUUGACCCACCAUGCCAGUCAAGUUAUCCAUCAGUACACAGAUCAAGUGAUCAAGCUGAGAAAGGCCCGACUGCAGGAGGAGGGAGAGCUGGAAAAGAUCAGGAGGAAGAGGCAUUUGAAUUUCCUGGACAUUCUCCUAUGUGCCAAAAUGGAGAAUGGGACCAGCUUAUCCCACAAGGACCUCCGUGCUGAAGUGGACACUUUUAUGUUUGAGGGCCAUGACACCACAGCCAGUGGCAUCUCUUGGACCCUCUAUGCCCUGGCUAAGCACCCCAAGCAUCAGCAGAGUUGCCGGGAAGAGAUCCAGAACCUCCUGGGGAAUAGAACCUUCAUCAUGUGGAAUGACCUACAGCAGAUGCCCUAUACCACCAUGUGCAUCAAGGAAGCUCUGCGAUUAUACCCUCCAGUACCAAGCAUUGGCCGGCUGCUCAGCAAGCCCAUCACCUUCCCUGAUGGACGUUCCUUACCCAAAGGAAUCAGAGUCUCACCAAAUAUUUACGCUCUCCACCACAACCCAAAAGUGUGGUCUGACCCAGAGGUGUUUGAUCCUUCCCGGUUUGCACCAGGCUCAGACCAACAUAGCCACGCCUUCCUGCCCUUCUCAGGAGGACCAAGGAACUGCAUUGGGAAGCAGUUUGCUAUGAUCGAGCUGAAGGUAGCUGUGGCCUUGAUCCUGCUCCGCUUUGAGUUGUCACCAGACCCAACCAGGAUUCCCUUCCCAGUUCCCGGAAUUGUGUUGAAGUCCAAGAAUGGGAUCCACCUGCAUCUGAAGAAGCUUCUCUAA